UCCGUGUGUCAGUCUCACAUUUCUUCAUCUUCAUCUUCUCCCAAUUCCUCCCCGCCCCUACCUGUGCGUCCAACAGCUCCGGCCUUUUAAAAAGUCUUAACGAUAAAGAGGAGACCCCAUUUCCACGUGGGCUUUAACACACACACACGUACUCUGAUCGCCUAAUCCAGCCCACCUUCUUCUCUUCAUAACGUGCUUGUGUGUGUGUGAGAGUGUGUCUACCUGUGUGCCUCUGUCGUGGUGGACGCGCGUGCGCCGACUUUCGCCUCCUCUAUCCCUCCGUUGCGCAUCCGUACAGUCGACAGUGAGUGUUUGUUGCAGCUACACCUGGCACGUUUUUUUGUUUUGUUUUCUUCUUCUUUCUUUUUAAGUGUUAAUCCUAUUUUGGAUUGACUCUUUGCAAAAGAAAUUCUCGUUUGGUCUUGACUUUCAUUCCGCUGUGGGCCACGCAGUACGUCGAAACGCGGUGGUUCUUCCCACAAGGUGAAACACACAAAGCGAAAAAAAUUUUCCCAACCGGUGAAAACCUAGAAACGUCCAAAGUAGCAAUACAAUAUGGCAUCCCUUGUGGCUACCGUCGUCGACGGUUACAACAGCAUAUGGGACCUAAGAGACAGGAGAGUGGAGAAUUGGCUGUUUAUGAGCUCGCCUCUGUCGACGCUCUUCAUUUGCCUGACUUACGUCAUGCUCGUUAAAGUGUGGGGACCGGCCUACAUGAAAGACCGUCCAGCCUUCCAGUUUCGCCGCACUCUGGUCAUUUACAACGCGAUUCAGGUCAUCUUCAGCACGUGGCUCUUCUACGAGAUAGCCAUGUCUGGCUGGGCAAAUAGUUACAGUUACCGAUGCCAACCGGUGGAUUAUUCCGAUAAUCCACUGGCCAUUCGGAUGGUGUACGCCUGCUGGUGGUAUUAUUUCUCCAAGUUCACCGAGUUCUUCGACACGAUUUUCUUCGUUUUGCGCAAAAAGGAUGAACAUGUCUCUCUUCUGCACGUUGUGCAUCACGGCAUUAUGCCGAUGAGCGUCUGGUUCGGAGUCCGUUUCACACCUGGUGGCCACUCGACUUUCUUCGGUUUGCUCAACACUUUCGUCCACAUCGUCAUGUAUUUCUACUACAUGGUGGCCGCCAUGGGACCACAAUACCAAAAAUUCAUUUGGUGGAAGAAAUAUCUCACCGCUUUUCAGAUGGUUCAAUUCAUCGCCAUUGUGGUGCACGCGUUCCAGCUGCUCUUCAUCGAUUGCAACUACCCCAAGGCCUUUGUUUGGUGGAUCGGAUGCCACGGCGUCCUCUUCUUCUGUCUCUUCUCCGAUUUUUACAAGCGCAGCUACAAGAACGCCAAAUCUCGCAUUGCCGCGGCUACGAAUGGCUUGAAAACCAAUGGGCACAGUAACGGAUAUUCUAAUGGCAGCACUAGCAAUGGGCACAGCAACGGACACACUAACGGACACGCCAACGGCCACAGCAACGGGCACGCCAACGGCAAAGUGCACGACAAGAAUGGCCAUUCAAACGGCUACACGAAUGGAGCUGUUCAUUCAAAGGAUGAAUAGACGUCAAUGCCUAUGGAGAAAAAAAAAAGCCUUUCCUUCGUAUCUCUUAAUUGUUUUGUUUUUUUCCAGUUUUCCCUCACCUGUUUUUUUUUUUUUAGUUUUUCACCCCAUUAACAAUUUCUUCUUUCGUCCCUAUUCCAUUCGUUCUUUUUUUUUUUUUUUUGAAGAGAAAUCUUCCCCUUUCACGCCCGCCUUAUAUUUACCUGCGCGCGCGAGAACUGGAAGAAAAGUUUUCUCUCUCCGUGUAGCCUCAGGAUUAUCCCACAUGAUCAUCCUUUAUUAAACAUCUUCUUCACUUCGUUUCCUUAUUAUUAUUAUUAUUUUUUUGCUUAUCAGAUUCUUCGAUACACUCCCUCCAUCGACUCCAGCCUUUUUUUCGCGUUUCCGUACGUGAAUACAUAAUUUUUUUGCGUGUGUCAUAGCAAAAGGAAAAACAAGAGAAGAAGAGAAAAGUUACAAAUAAAAAAAAAAUUAAUAAAAAUAGACAAACAAAAAAAAAAACCUUUAACGUUAUCAGUUUGUUCGACUUUACUAUGACGUAGAGGUGUAGUAAUUGGGUUAUUUGUUUUCGUGUACAUAAAAGGCAUAUCCAAGUUUCAAGAUACACACACACGUACAUACGCACAACCAUAUCACAUCGAUUGGUGUAGUGUGUGUAUCCCGUAAUUCCUUCGCUUCUCCCUCCCCCACAAGUUUAAGUUGCCUUUUUUUUCCCCCAAUUUAUUAUUAUUAAUGAUAUCGAAUUUCUGUUUUUCUUCUUUCAUCCCCUUUCAAACACCUUUUUUUUUUUUUCCUUUUUGAAUUACCUGAUGCAAAGUCUGACGGGUCUCUUUUUGAGUUCACGUGUUUUCGGAUUGAACCAUCGCCAAUAGGAAUUUAGUUGAACGAACAAAAAUCAGAAAACGAAAGAAAAAAAAAAGAAAAUCAAGGACUUAAGAGAAUCAACCUAAGAUGAUGUUCUUCUGUCAUUUGUUUUGUUUUUUUGUUGUUGUCCUUUCCUUUUUGCUUCAUCUAUUUUCCUUGUGCUCAAGUGCUGAAUCAAUAAAACGAGGAACGAGAGAAACGAAAAAAAACAAACAUUACAAACAAAAAAACUGGAAUUAAAAAACAAAACAGAAGACAGUCCAGUCAAAUGCGAGGACCAAAAAAAAAAAUCAGUACAGAAAUGUAUGGUUGUCUCUUUUUUUCUAUUGUUGCCUUUGCCCAAGUUUUCGAAAAGUCCAUUUUCUUUUUUCUCUUUCCCUUCCCCAUGAAAUGUCUGUCAUGGAACGAUGGUAUUGGUCUGGAACAAAUCAACAGGAAAAAAGAAACGAAACCCUUUGAAUCCCGUCCUUAUUAUUUUCUUCCCACUCUUUUGUCUUUGACUUUUUACGUUAAAAGAAACCAAACGUGUUUUCUACAUCCCACCCCCGUUCUCCCGUACCCCUUCUUCACGAUUCAUUUUGAUGUUUUUUUCUGGAAUUGAAAACACAAUAAAGAAUUAAUAAAGAAGAACUUUAUAUCUUUA